ACUAUUUAUUCAAAGCAUGGAGUCUUUAGGCACCCACACCUCUCCUCUUCUUGUCUUCACGGAUUUUCUGGUGGACUUUGUUGUUCACUGAAUUUCGGGUGACAAAAGGCCUCUGGUUAUUUUCUUGCGAUUUUUUUCAUGGGUUGACUAGUUUUAAAGGCGUCUUAAAGUGAAUUCUGAAAAGUGCACGCACAAUUAUACUCAUUUUGGAGAAAAGGAAAGCUUUAGGUUGUUAUUUCUAUUUUUCCACUAUGAAGAUUUCUGGGUUCUGGGUUCUUUUCUUUGUGCUUGGGACAGCUGGGAUCUUCUUGAACUAUUCCAGUAACAGAACUAGGCACUCAAUUCCUGGUAUGGUCUUCACCCACCACAGUGAUGGUAUGAAGAUAAUGGCAACAAGUAGGAAGCUGAAGGAGAAUGGCUAUAACCCGAGCAUCAACAAGAAGCGUGAUGUAGGCACGAUCAAUCUGCAAGAUUAUUCUCCCGCGGAUCCAGCUCCAAGUAAGGCUUCCGUAAGAUCUGCACCUGUUCAUCACUACACUCCUUCGGAUCCGUACAUUCCAAGGCCUUUGCCUCCUGGUCAUCCCAUGAAUGGUGGAUCAACCUAGCUUACUGAAAACCUGUUUUUCUACUGUUGAUGUGCUGGAGACAUAAAGAAUGUAAUAUUGUUAUUUGUGUGUGAUGUUUUGCCAGCCUGAUAACGUAGACAACUUAAUUAACUAUUUGUGUUGCUCAUGUUAUUGUCUGUUGGAUAUUUAUGUAUUGUAAAUUUGUAAUGCGAAGU